UUGUUGCCUUUGUUAUUGCAUGAGUGUUGGCGUCACAAUGGUGUCUUCUGUGAAUGUACUCGUUUUUUUGUACAUUGUUUUAUAUAUUAAUUGUGUUGAUUUUAUUCCCGGACGACACGAGCGUUUAUACAUUUAAAACACGCGCCAGUGAACGCAGCACGAAUACAUGUCUUCGCUCCGUGUUACAUUCACGCCUCGAGUGAUUCACGUCUCUAAAGACGAGGAAACGCCGCCCGAACGUGUCUGAUUUGACACGAUUUGUAAAGGCAGUCUCACGGAGGGGACGAGUGCUUUUCGGGCUGACAUGCCCGAUUCUGGAUCCAAGUUUUCAGACCCUCAGCAUUCACAGAGACUGCUCCAGGUUCUUCGCACCUUCUGGCAGGAGCAGAGUUUCCACGAUGCCCUGCUGGUGGUCGAUGGGGAGGAGCUUCCUGUCCAGAAAAACAUCCUGGCUGCUGCGAGCCCUUACAUCAGGACCAAGCUGAACUACAACCCUCCAAAGGAAGACGGGUCUACAUACAGGAUCGAGUUGCAGGGCGUCUCCAUGGACACCAUGAAACAAAUCCUCGACUUCAUCUUCAGUGGUGAAAUCACUCUGAGUGAAGACACCAUCCAGGACAUGGUGCAGGCGUCUGACCUGCUCCUCAUGACCGACCUCAAGCUGCUGUGUUGUCAGUUCUUAGAGAGCUGCAUCACUGCAGAGAACUGCCUCGGCAUCCGCCUCUUCUCCCUCCACUACUGCCUGUACCACGUCCACUAUGCCGCCACGGAGUUCCUGCAGACGCACUUUCGCGACGUGGCGCUCACAGAGGAGUUCAGGGAGCUUCCGCCGGAGCGGCUCUGCGAGGUGCUCGCCAUGGAGAAGCUGAACGUGGGCAACGAGAAGUACGUGCUGGAGGCUGUGGUGCGGUGGUUGGCACAUGACCCACAGGACCGUAAGGUGCACCUGAAGGAAGUGAUGUCAGCUGUUUGGCUGCAGGGCCUGGACGCCAGCUACCUGAGAGAGCAGGCCAUGGGGGAGCCACUGAUGAGGGAGGUGAUCAGAGAGCACUGUCAGCCGGGGGCGGCGGACGGUCAGCUGCAGGGCCGAGCUCUGCUCGACGCCUUCAAACCCCGAGGAUACUCUGAGUGUAUCGUUCUCGCCGGAGGAGAAGAUCGCAAAACCAGGAAGCCGACCGCGGUGACGCGCUGCAUGUGUCCGCUCUACGACGUCAGCAGACAGAACUGGAUCGAGCUGCAGCCCAUGAACGUCGCCCGCGUCGGUCACGGCGUGGUCGCCGCAGAGGGUUUCCUGUUUGUGGUGGGCGGAGCUGACGGACAUCACGUGGUUAUGGACAGUGGAGAGAAAUAUGACCCGGACUGGAACACGUGGAGCCCCAUCGCCCCCAUGCUUCAGGCUCGUCAGAACAUGGGCGUGGUGGAGCUGGACGGUCUCAUCUAUGUUCUCGGGGGAGAGAGUGACCACAUGGAGCUGACCACUGUGGAAGUGUUCGACCCUCACUGCAAUAUGUGGAAGACGCAGACGAGUAUGACCAUGAUCCGCAAGGUCGGCUGCUACGCCUCCAUGAACAAGAAGAUCUACGCCAUCGGUGGAGGCUCCUACGGGAAACUCUUUGACUCUGUUGAAUGCUUUGACCCCAAGACACAGCAGUGGACCGGCCUCUGUCCACUGAAGGAGAGAAGGUUUGGUUCAGUGGCCUGUGGCGUCGGCAAGGAGCUCUACGUGUUUGGCGGCGUCAGAAGCCAAGAGUCGGAAAACCCCGAGCAGCGACAGAUGAUGACGUGCAAAUCUGAGUUCUACCUCGACGACAUGAGAAGGUGGAUGUUCCUCGAUGACCAGAGCUUGUGUAUCCAGACCAGCUCAUCCUUCGUAUAUGGUGCUGUGCCCAUCGGGGCUGCCAUCUAUGUCGUUGGAGACCUGGACACAGGCGCGAGCUUCGACUACAUCCGUGAGUUCCGCCGCAGCACGGGGACUUGGCACCGCACCAGACCCAUGCUAACCAGCGACCUCUCCAAAACGGGCUGCGCCGCCCUGCGCAUCGCCAACUGUCGGCUGUUCCGCCUGCAGCUGAGCCAGGGAAUGUUCCGGAUCAGAGUGUGACGCUGCCCCUCCCUCUGCAUGUGUGCAAUUAGAUUUGUGUCACUGUUUUGAAAACGGCACGUUUUUAAGAAGCAAACAACACAGAAAUGAACCACACGAUCAAAAAUACACAAAUGGCAAAAAAACAAAAUGGAUUAAAUUGCUCAAAAUAUUCUAUAUUAUUUGUUUGAAAACACUUUUUGUUUGCAAUGAUCAGAAUUGUGUUUGCUCCGACUCUUUUGUGUUUGCGCUCCCACACUUGUUCUUUGUGGUUUUGUUUGAUUCUGACCGUGGGCGGGGCUUAGGAAGCUGCCUGCUGAUUGGCUCUAUUGGCAUAUUUUAUUUGCUGGUUGUGUGUUUUUGAUCGUGUUGUUUGCAGUUUUGACUCAAAUCUAACUCUGUAAACUGGCACGUCGCCUUCAUGCUGCUCGUCUUUUGCACACCGUCCUCGCUCCCUCUCGUCAGGCACUGAUGAUUCCGUGGAUGGAAACACAUUUUUUUAAAUGGUAUUUUAUGACGAUCAUGUGGUGAUGGAUUCAAACUCUUGAUAAAUGAGCCGCCACGUGUUCACCGUCUGGUUGAGACUAUGUUUUUUAGCUUUGUCUCUACUUUCUUUUUGUUUAGACUUUUUUUUAUUUUUUUGGUUAAGACCUGGUUUUAAGGUUAGACUUGGGUUUAGGUUAAGGUUAGAGGAAGGUGCUGGGGAGUGGGUAAUGUCAAUGUGUCCUCACUAAGACAUAAAAACAAGAGUGUGUGUUUGUGUGUGUGUGAGACACGAGAGACCAAAUGUUUGUGUGAGUGAAUGAAAAAAUAGAAAUUCACUCAACGUCAGCUGAGGAGGUGGAGUCUCUGUCCUGAGGACAGGUGUCUCUGUGGGACAGACAUGUGGAGUCUCUGUCCUUCGUCUCUGCUCGUACCAUCAUCGUCAUCAGUAAAUACUACAGUCAGUGUUUGAGCUGUCCUCACAUGUUAGCAUCACAUGACCCACACGGUCGUGUGUGUGUGUGUGUGUGUAUCACAGUGUUUGUGUGUGUAUGUCACUGUGUGUGUGACACAGUGUGUGUUUGAGGAAGUUUUGUCAGAUUGUGUUGUUUGUCUGUGUCAAAGUAAUAAAAACAAACAAAGAGAAACUCA